AACUGCCAACGUUCCCAGGCCGCCUCUGAUGCUUCCAACUCUUUUCUUGUGACUCCUCUUUUUAUUGUUUCUAGCUUUGAUUGAUUGGCGGACGCGGACCAAUUACUAUACAAUAAGUAGAGAUCCAUACAAAAAGGCAAAAAAAAAGAAAAGAAAAUCGAAGGGGAUGGUUCAGCUUGGAUUUGGAAUGGAGGAAUAUACAUCGGAGAAGGGGACUCUACGCAUGGCGCAGAAGGAGAAAGAGAGGGAACGACGUCGCAUGAGGGACAGACAAAGACGGCAAUCGAUGAGUGCCGAAGAGCGCGCACAACACCUCGCUAGACGUCGGAGGAACUAUCAACUGCGGAGGCAGAGAGCUGAGAAUGCGAGGUUGGUCCCACAAUUUGAGGAAGGGACCAUUCAGGAUCAACAUGAGCCGUUGAUCGAAGACAUUAUUGUAUCUGACGAUCAAGGGCAUGAUGUAAAGACUGAGGUGGGUUGGAAACUUCCUCCACAUAUAUUAGCUAUGCUACCCAGAAGGCCUCGUUUAACUCAUUUUAAACAUCUUGCUCGGUCAUUGAAUGAUCAAGUGGGUGAAGACGAUCACAGACUUCAUGUAGAAGUGUUUGUGAAAGAUGGAGAAUCGAAUUGUGGAUCAGCAAAAGCUUUACGAUUAAAUUCUAUUAAGCGACUUGCUCGGGGAAUAUAUACUACUGUGACAGAGUCUGCAGAUCAAAACCAUCAAAGUGAAGGUGAACAGAAUCUGAAAUGCGGCGAGAAUCAACUCAAAAGCUGUGAGGUACUGCAAGGUGUACAGCCUAAUAGUCUUGGGGUUGAAAACAAUCAACUUAGUUAAGAUGGUUAAAGUUAUAUCCUUGCUGAAGAAAGGAAACGUUCUGGUUAGCUCCUCUUCAAAAUUUCUCAAUUGAAGACAUUUACGUAAGAAGCUGAUUGAUAACACAAUCAUCUUUUGCAAUUAAUUGACUGAAGAAGCAAUUUAUUUGGUUUUCUGGUGCA